AUGCAGCAAGAACACGCAGAGAUCAGCGUAGCUGAUCCUGUUGGAAGUCGACCAUCUGACGACCAUGGCGCAACUCAUCCGGAUGAUAAUGCCCACGGUUGGAAUUCCCAUAUCUCCCUGCGCCUUGCAGGCUACAUGAAACGAUUUGAGAAGCAACUAGUUGAAUACAAUAUUGAAUCUCGCGGGAUUCAGCGAGUAGAGGAGCGCGAGCGCCAUGCCCUGACCUGGGUUACUUAUCUACAAGUGUUCCUGCUGUGGGUGUCCAUCAACCUGGCAGCUAAUAACAUCACACUCGGAAUGCUCGGUCCGGUGGUCUAUGAGUUGAGCUUUUUGGACUCUGCUCUUUGCUCUGUCUUCGGCGCUGUCGUAGGCUCCUUGACCGCUGCAUGGUCUGCUACCUGGGGCCCUGUAUCUGGAAACCGGACUUUGGUCUUUGGACGCUACGCAAUGGGAUGGUGGCCUAGCAAGAUCAUCGUGUUGCUAAACAUAGUUCAGAUGAUUGGUUACGGUUUGAUUGACUGCGUGGUUGGUGGGCAAAUCCUAGCUGCGGUCUCCCCGAACUACAGCAUGUCGGUGGCAGUUGGCAUCGUUGUUGUUGCGAUCAUCACCUGGUGUAUUGCGACAUUCGGAAUCAAGUUCUUCCAUUACUACGAAAGGUUUGCAUUUCUUCCACAGCUAAUAGUGGUAUGCAUUCUCUAUGGUGUCUCCGCAAAGAAUUAUGAUCUCCAUACGCCAUCAAUUGGUAAUAGCUCGACAAUUGCUGGUAACAGGCUCUCAUUUUUCUCCAUCUGUUUGAGUGCUGCUAUCACGUAUGCACCGCUCGCCGCCGACUUCUUCGUAUACUAUCCCCCCAAUACUCCCAAAAUAGCCAGUUUUGGUCUCACAUUCCUUGGUCUGACUCUAUCUUUCACCAUGGCUUUCUUGGUCGGUAUCGGCUUGGCCAGCGGCAUCAGCAACAACUUAGCAUAUUCGAACGCAUACAACGAAGGUGCCGGGGCUCUGAUUGUCCAGGGCUUCAGUCCACUAGGUGGAUUUGGCAAGUUCUGCUCAGUUAUCGUAGCGCUUGGUUUGAUCGCCAACACUAUCCCUCCCACAUACUCCACCGGCAUCGAUUUCCAGAUUCUCGGCCAUUACGCCGAAAUGGUCCCCCGCAUAAUUUGGAACACGAUUGGAGUAAUCGUCUACACUGUUUGCGCGCUCGUUGGUCAAGGCCAUCUUUCAGAGAUUUUCACUAAUUUCUUGGCCCUGAUGGGAUACUGGGUCGCUAUAUGGUUUGCUAUCCUGCUUGAGGAAAGGUACAUUUUCCAUCGUCACCGAGAAUAUAAUUGGGCGGCUUGGGACGAUCCAUCCAAGUUGCCAAUUGGCAUUGCGGCAUUCAUCGCGUUCCUGGUCGGCUGGGCUGGUGCUGUUCUUUGCAUGGCUCAGGUUUGGUAUAUUGGACCUUUGGCUAGAUUAGUUGGUGAAUAUGGUGCUGAUAUGGGUAACUACGUCGGUUUCUCAUGGGCGGGCUUGGUCUAUCCUCCUUUACGAUACCUUGAACUACGGUAUUUUGGAAGGUAG